CGACACACUUCCCACUCAUCUCGUCCUCAUCCUCCGCUCCCCACCCACCCCCACCCCCACCCCCACCCCACAGAUCUCGCCGCGGCCACCGCUUCCUCUAUGGCCGCGCCAGCCCGCCGCCUUCUCCUGCUCGUCGUCACCGUAGCUGGAGCCCUGGCGCUCCCCGUGGCGGCCCAGAUCAAGGAGGAGUCCUUCAAGGAGGACCCGCGCUCGUCCAUCAUGUUCGAAAAAUUCGGCUUCUCCGAGUCCGGCGCGGUGCGGAUCAUCGUCUCGGGCGCCUCCGUCUCCUCCCCCGUCGCGCGGGCGGACCCCAGGCAGCUCGGGUUCUUCCUCCUCUCCGACGAGUCCCUCCUCCACGCCAUCGACGAGGCGCAGGAGGGGCCCACGCGGGAGAAGCGCGCCGCGGCGACCAAUGGCGGCGGGGAGGACCCCGACGGCGGCUCCACCGGGUGCGUGCUCAACAGCCCCUACGUCAAGAAGCUCUUCACCUUCAAGAACAUGAAGGGCGGCCACUACAACAUGUCCUUCCCGGUCACCCGCCCCGACGAGUACACCCUCUUCUUCGCCAACUGCGCCCCGGAGGCGCUCGUCUCCAUGGCCGUCCGCACCGAGAUGUACAACGUCAACGCCGACGGCUCCAAGGACUACCUCCCCGUCGGCCAGGCGCCCCUGCCCGCCAUCUACGGUUUCUUCGCCUUCUGCUACGCCGCGUUCCUGGCCGCCUGGGGGUACCUCACCCUCUCCCGCGCCCGCGUCUCCGCGCACCAGAUCCACCACCUCAUGUCCGGCCUCCUCGUCGCGCGCCUGCUCUACUGCCUCUCCGCGGCCGAGGACCAGCACUACAUCCGCGUCACGGGGACGCCGCACGGCUGGGAUGUGGCCUUCUACCUCUUCCAGCUCGUGAAAGGUGUCAUCCUCUUCGCGGUGAUCGCGCUGGUCGGCACGGGGUGGUCAUUCUUGAAGCCGGUGCUGCAGGACCGGGAGAAGAAGGUGCUCAUGGCCGUGAUCCCGCUCCAGGUCACCGCGAACAUCGCCGCCGCGGUCAUUGGGGAGACCGGGCCCUUCAUGCAGGGGUGGGUGACAUGGAACCAGAUCUUGCUCUUCGUGGAUGUCGUGUGCUGCUGCGCGGUGCUCUUCCCGGUCGUGUGGUCUAUCCGGUCGCUCAGGGAGACGUCCAAGACCGACGGCAAGGCGGCACGGAACCUCUCCAAGCUCACCCUGUUCAGGCAGUUCUACGUCGUGGUGAUCGGGUACCUGUACUUCACUAGGAUCGUCGUGUAUGCGCUCAAGGCAGUUGCCAGCUACAAGUACCGGUGGGUGAGCAUCUUGGCAGAAGAGAUGGCCACCCUGGCGUUCUAUCUGUUCAUGUUCUACACGUUCAGGCCGGCCGAGAAGAGCCACUACUUUUCUCUCGAUGACGAUGAAGAAGAGGCCGCAGAGAUGGUGCUCCGAGAAGAGGAAUUCGAGCUAUGAAAGAGAUGCAGCGACUCACAAGAGUCUCCAUGCCACGUCACUCCCUGUGAUCUUGAUCAUACCUCAAAUGCCCGGACACAGCUCAUAGUGUUGUAUGUACCGAAGGGAUGUGAGAUCAUUUUGUCCGUCUUCUAGAAUUCAGAUUUUAGUAUUUUACUGAUGAAACACAGAUUACUUAACUUAUACCAUGUUCAAGAAGUUUUCUUGCUUGCAAUGCAAUCAGAGCAGCAACUCCUGCUUUGGCUU